AUGUCCCGAUAUUCGCGUCUCAAUCAAUCUGCACGAGGCCACAAUCCAGCAGAUCUGAACCGUAUGCCGACAAAUUAUCCAGGCUACGCAGGUAGCGAAGACAUUCCUCUGAAGACCAACGCCACUGGGAACUGGUCCCAGAUGGACUCGGAGCAAGAAAAUUAUGCAUCUAAAAACUCGAUUCCUCAACGACCAACUUGGAAGUCCUUCAGCAGGGCCGAGACUGGAAAGUCAAAACCAUCUUUAUUCACAGCAUCUUCGCCAUGGGAGCACAAACUGAACGAGAAACAUGUACAAGGAGUCCUUCCGACCUCUGACACGGUCAGAUAUUUCGAUCGGGGUCGUCAGACCCGGAGAGUGUUUCUCGAAUGUCUCCUCAUGUGGUUUGGUACAUUCUUCAUCUGCGCAGCACUCGCAGGUACCAUGUACGGGUUCUCCAAGAUCGAGACCGGCAUAACCCGAUUUCAAAAGUAUGGCUACAACGCCCUAGUGACCGGAUUGUCCAUCUUGCUUGGUCUUGCAUUCGCGGCACAGUUCAAGCAGUACGCAGAGAUGAUGCGUUGGCGCUUUCUUGCUUCAGAGUAUCGUAGCCUCCAGGACUUUGAGCUUGUUUUGGGUUGUGACAGCUACCGUAACACCCUGAGCAUCAUGUUUGGAGGAAACUCCAAGGGGACCUGGUACCCAAGCAAGAGUCAGGUUCUUGCGUGCACUUGGUUCCUCAUUUUUGUUGUCUUUAACGUCUGUGCGGCCCUCCUGGGUUUGACGUAUUCCAUUGACGUCUCGGAGACUGCUACUGCCUUUACUCCUGGGCUUCUCAGCGUUACCGACCUAAAGACCAUUGGCCGACUCGAUAAAUUCGGCGGAGAAGGGGGGAUACCACUCCCGGACUCAAUGGCAGAAGUAAACCUCUGGGGCGAGGUGGGCUUGAACUUUGCCGGAGGCAUCUACCAGCGGGAGGGGUCGACCGAUUGGAUAUAUUCGUUUUACGAUCAGUCGACGAACUCUCAGAACAAAAAAUUACGGGCUUCAACCAGAGAAGUUACGAGCUCUGCGGAAUGCGUUGAAUACACAGUCACGUUCGGAGGAUACGGCGACUUUAAUUUGGCCGCAGACGACACCGCAAACAGAAACCAUCUCAGAUACAUUGAUCCAUCAGGUGAGGAACAGGAGAUAGUAGUAGAGAAUGUUGCCAUCGGAUCCACAACCUGGAUCGGGAAUCAGACUUCCGUUGAAGAAUCGUCCUGCGGUCCUCGCUGCGCCCAAUUUUUAGCUUUGCAAAGCGCCAACAAUUGCACAACAGAGCUAGCAACAGAUCCAGAUAGCCGAUGUUCGACCGACGUUAACGUGGAGAACCCUCGCCUCUGGUCCUGCACCAACACCGUAGGCCAAGUCUCCAAUGUGAACAGCAGUCUCGAGGGAUUUGACAAUCCAGAAGCGCUAUUGCUACCAGAUCUGCAGGCGCAGGUAAUCGCAGGAGGAGUUGGUUGGAGCGGUGUCAGCAUAACCGACCUCCAACAGGGGGUUAUAUUUCGUGGCAAGAGUAUUAUGAACGCUCCUGGCAAUACAACUGCGGAAUAUAUAGCAGAGCUUGUGGAGCAGUUCUCGGUGGGAAUACUCUCGGCCUGGGAUGGCAGUGGAGAUAGACAGAAUCUUACAGGUGCCUACAGUCCUGGGCCUGCUCAAAUCGUCAACGUCAAGUGGAUGUACGCCAGUUUGAUCUUGAUUGGCAUUCCGGCGGUCCAGUUCCUCAUGUUACUUGGGGUGGUCUGGUUCUCUGGCAAGGCCAUCAUCCUCGAGCCGAGCUAUAUGACUGCAGCACAUCUCCUACAGCCAAUACUCAACCGGGUUGGAGAAGCAGGGCCAUUGCUGUCGGUCGACGAGAUGGCAGAGAAGCUUGGAGACUAUAAGAUUGCGUACGGUGUGCGUCCUGAUGCAGCCGACCCUGGCCAUUCGGACACCACCUUUGUGCGGGACCUGGAUGUCAUCGAGCAGAGUGAAGGAUUUGGAUAUAUCCGUGGACGAAUGCCCGAGGGACGAUACGACUAA